CCCUUUAAUUUCGGCUGAAAUCAGGAAGUGUUUACUGUCGACCUCCAGGAAGUUUCGGGUUCGCUAAGACGAUGUCUUAACGCUACAUCACAACAACAACUGGAGUGCCAGGCAGUAUGGAGUAGCUCCACAGGCAACGCGAAGGUCGCUUCUUGUGUAGCUGUCUGCUGUGUGACGGGGCAAAGAUGGCUGGGGGCUUCGCCCCUCCGAAAUUGGCGGAGUUUAUUUUGACUGAGAGGCUGGGCAGCGGUACUUAUGCCACGGUGUAUAAAGCAUACAGGAAGAAGGACAGCAGGGAGGUGGUGGCGGUGAAGGUGGUUGGGAAGAAGGGUCUGAACAAGGCUUCAGUGGAGAACCUGCUGACUGAGAUCGAGAUCCUGAAGACAGUGCGGCACCCACACAUCGUCCAGCUCAAGGACUUCCAGUGGGACUCGGAAAACAUCUACCUGAUCUUGGAGUUCUGCUCUGGGGGGGAUCUGUCCAGAUUCAUCCGCAGUCGCCGGCUCCUCCCUGAGCGCGUGGCUCGAAGCUUCCUGCAGCAGCUUGCCUGUGCCCUGCAGUUUCUCCACGAGCGCAACAUUUCGCACCUGGACCUGAAGCCUCAGAACAUUCUUCUGAAUGGAGGGCUGCUCAAACUGGCAGAUUUCGGCUUUGCUCAGUACAUGUCUCCCUGGGAUGAGAAGCACGUACUGCGGGGCUCUCCUCUCUACAUGGCUCCUGAGAUGGUGUGUAGCCAGCAGUACGACGCUCGUGCUGACCUCUGGUCAGUGGGGGUCAUUCUCUACGAGGCCCUGUUUGGACGCCCUCCCUUCGCUUCCCGUUCCUACACUGAGCUGGAGGAGAAGAUCCGCAGUGACAAACCCAUUGAGCUCUGCCCGAGUCCACAUGUCUCCAGGGAGUGCAGAGACCUCUUGCUGCGGCUGCUGGACAGGGACCCCGAAACUCGCAUCUCCUUCGACGAGUUCUUCGCACACCCCUUCGUGGACUUGGAGCACAUGCCCAGCGCAGAGAGUCUGGGCCGAGCAACAGCGCUGGUGUUGGAGGCUGUGCAGAAAGACGAGACUGGGGAGCACUCUGGUGCCCUCUCUCUGUACUGCAGGGCACUGGAGCACUUCGUCCCUGCCAUCCACUAUGAAGCAGACGCCCAGCGGAAAGAAGCACUCAGGUCAAAGGUGAAGCAGUACGUCUCCCGGGCUGAGGAGCUGAAGGCACUGGUAGCUUCGGGUAAUAAAAUCAGCUUUGGGCAAGACAAGUCUGCCAGGGACAUUUUAAAAGAAAUGUCCCGGGAUCGCCCGCGGCUCUAUGCAGCUCUGGAGGUGGCGUCAGCAGCUGUAGCCCAGGAGGAAGAGGGCGAGGAUGGCAGAGGCACUCUGGAUCUAUACCAGCAGAGUCUGGGGGAGCUGCUGCUCAUGCUGGCUGCGGAACCCCAAGGCAGGCGGAGGGAUCUGCUUCACAGUGAGAUUAAGAGCUUGAUGAACAGAGCAGAGUACCUCAAAGAGCAGCUGAAGGUAAGACUUUUAUUACAUUGGAGACUCUCCGACAGGCUUUCGAAAGGUCAUGUUUGUUCUGAAAGGAUUAAACCAAUAUCGUGGUAUCCCUGGAUAGACAAGCGUCCCUCAAACAUAUCCAGAUGAGUUAUUUAACAAUGCAGUGGUACCCCAGAACGUUUCAUCCUUCCCUAUUAAACACUAAGUAGUGGUACAUUUAGAAAUUCAGUGACAGACGUUUCAACUGUGUCUUUGUGUCCGGUGAUGAAAUGGUCAAAACGAUUGUCAUUGAGUUUCCUUUAGUAUUUUUAAAUGUAUCCCAAAAUGUUAUCCAUUGGGUAGCAAUGGCAAACGACUGGGAUUAGGAAAUAUAUUGCCUGUUAUCCCAACUCAGACCCCUUGUUUACUAAUUAUCUGUGUGUUCCUGAAUAGAUGAUCUCCCCUCUUCAAAAACAAGCAACACAUUUGAAGGGUUUGUAGUGGUGAACCUGCUCUGUAUCUCUUGGCUGCUGUGUACCUGGUGUGAAGACAGUCUCCACCAGGGGGCAGUAUGUGCAGUACUCCCUGUCUGUGUGCCUGGAGUGAAGACAGUCUCCAACAGGGGGCAGUAUGUGCAGUACUCCCUGUCUGUUUGCCUGGAGUGAAGACAGUCUCCACCAGGGGGCAGUAUGUGCAGUACUCCCUGUCUGUUUACCUGGAGUGAAGACAAUCUCCACCAGGGGGCAGUAUGUGCAGUACUCCCUGUCUGUGUGCCUGGAGUGAAGACAGUCUCCACCAGGGGGCAGUAUGUGCAGUACUCCCUGUCUGUUUACCUGGAGUGAAGACAGUCUCCACCAGGGGGCAGUAUGUGCAGUACUCCCUGUCUGUGUGCCUGGAGUGAAGACAGUCUCCACCAGGGGGCAGUAUGUGCAGUACUCCCUGUCUGUGUGCCGGGAGUGAAGACAGUCUCCACCAGGGGGCAGUAUGUGCAGUACUCCCUGUCUGUGUGCCUGGAGUGAAGACAGUCUCCACCAGGGGGCAGUAUGUGCAGUACUCCCUGUCUGUGUGCCUGGAGUGAAGACAGUCUCCACCAGGGGGCAGUAUGUGCAGUACUCCCUGUCUGUAUGCCUGGUUCUGAAUGCGUGU